AUGCCAUCAUGCUCAACACCAUUGUUGUACCUCUGCCUACUGCUGGUGCCGUGCCUUCUUCUCUUGGAAGAAGCACAUGCGGUGCACCAUGGAGGGAUCUCUCUGAGGUCUCAACACAUGGCCCUCCUCCACUGGAAAGCUACACUUGCGAGCCCACCACUGCAGAUGAGCUCUUGGCAAGAAAACACAAGGCCCUGCAACUGGUCGGGCAUCAUGUGCACGGCUAUCCGCCAUGGCCGCCGCAUGCCCUGGGUGGUAACCAACAUAUCCCUGCCGGGUGCUGGCAUCCGUGGCCAGCUUGGUGAGCUCAACUUCUCGGCUCUUCCAUUCCUCGCAUAUAUUGACCUUCAAAACAACAGUCUCCACGGUGUACUGCCCGCUAGUAUCAGCUCUCUAUCAUCACUAUCUUAUCUUGACCUUAGCUUCAACCAUCUCAAAGGGCAAAUUCCGUUUGAGUUUGGUAACCUGCAGAGUCUCAUGCAGCUUGGUCUCUCAUCUAACAAACUCACAGGACAUAUCCCUGCGUCUCUUGGUAACCUAACAAUGUUAAAUUAUCUUGUCAUUCACCAGAACAUGGUAUCAGGUCCCAUUCCUAAGGAGAUUGGAAACCUUGUCAACCUACAAGGCCUACAGCUAAGCAACAACCCCUUAACCGGCAUGAUACCAAAAACCCUUGGAAAUCUGACCCAACUAAAUGAUUUGUACCUGUAUGGUCCAAUUCCAAUCUCCAUAACCAAUCUCACUAAGAUGAACACACUUUUUCUCUUUGAAAAUCAAAUCACAGGUUCAAUACCCCCAGAAAUAGGCAACCUCACUAUGCUCAAUGAACUUUCUCUCUAUACAAAUCAAAUCACAGGCCCAAUACCUUUUGAAUUGGGCUAUUUGCUGAACCUCCAAAAUUUUGGGUUGUCCAACAACCAAAUAUCUGGCACUAUUCCUGAUAGCAUAGGAAAUAAUACCAAGCUAGUAGUACUAUCCCUAGAUCAAAAUCAGAUAACCGGCUCCAUCCCUAAAGGGAUUGGCAAUCUGCUGAACCUCAAAUAUUUAAACUUGUACCAGAACCAAAUUUCGGGAUCAAUACCUAAAACUUUUGGGAAGCUGCAAAGCAUCCAAGAACUGUACAUCAACCAUAACAAAUUAUCAGGUUCUCUUCCUCAAGAAUUCGGAGACCUCAUAAACCUUGUUGCACUUGGGCUGGCUAACAACUCACUUUCAGGACCUUUACCUACAAAUAUAUGUUCAGGGGGCAGGCUUCAAUAUCUAUAUCUCUUUUCUAAUAUGUUCAAUGGCCCCAUUCCAAGGAGUUUAAAGACAUGUACGAGUUUGGUUGAAAUUAGCCUUCAGAGGAACCAACUCACAGGAGAUAUAUCUCAGCACUUUGAAAAGCUACGCAAUCUAGCAUACCUUGAUAUAUCUGGAAACAGACUGAGCGGAUCAGUACCUGAGGACCUAGGAGGCUGCAUGAAACUACUUUCCUUGAAGAUCAACAACAACAGCUUCAAUGGGAGUUUGCCUGAUGUGAUUGGAAAUUUAGCAAGUCUGCAGAUCAUGUUAGAUGUAAGCAACAAUAACCUCAGUGGCGCAUUGCCGCAGCAACUUGGGAAGUUGGGGAUGCUAGAAUUUUGGAAUUUAUCCCAUAAUCAGUUCAGCAGCAUCAUUUUGUCCUCUUUUGCAAGCAUGGUGAGCCUUUCAACACUCGAUGUGUCCUACAACGACUUGGAAGGACCAAUCCCAACAACACGGCUACUCCAAAAUGUUUCAGCAAGUUGGUUUCUUCACAAUAACGGUUUGUGUGGUAACCUAUCUGGCCUGCCAACAUGUUACUCAACUCCAGUAGCUGGUCACCAUAAACGAAAGAUAAUUGGUUUGCUUUUGCCAAUUGUUCUUGUGGUGCUUUUUGGAAUUGUUGCUGCAGUUGUUGUCAUAAUAACGCUUAGUUGUAACAAGAGAAAACCACAAGAAAGUGUUACUGCUGAAGGAAGGGACCUAUUCUCUGUUUGGAAUUUUGAUGGAAGAUUAGCAUUUGAUGACAUUGUAAGGGCAGCAGAAGACUUCGACGAUAAGUACAUCAUUGGAACAGGGGGAUACGGCAAAGUCUACAAGGCACAACUCCAAGACGGGCAGCUGGGAAGCCUCCAUGGAAUAUUGGAAAAUGAGGAGCUAUCAAAGCAAUUAGAUUGGCAGAAGAGAAUUGCCCUGACAACUGAUGUGGCUCAAGCAAUAUCUUAUUUGCACCACGAAUGCAGUCCACCUAUAAUCCAUCGAGAUAUCACAAGCAACAACAUCUUACUUGAUACAUCCUUCAAGGCCUUUGUCUCGGAUUUCGGCACGACAAGGAUUCUUAAGCCCGAUUCAUCAAACUGGAGUGCACUAGCAGGAACGUAUGGCUACAUAGCUCCUGAACUGUCAUACACAUCUGUUGCGAUAGAGAAAUGUGAUGUUUAUAGUUUUGGGGUGGUUGUGUUAGAGCUAGUGAUGGGCAAGCAUCCAAGGGAUUUAUUAGAUGGUAGUCUUUCUAACGGCGAACAAUCAAUGAUGGUGAAAGAUAUUCUGGACCAACGGCCAACAACACCAAUAUCAACUGAAGAGAAUAGCUUAGCUCUGCUCAUCAAGCUGGCCUUAUCUUGUUUGGAAUCUUCUCCCCAAUCAAGGCCAACCAUGCGGGAGGCAUACCAAACACUCAUCCAGCCAUCUUCUGGUUCAACUACCAUGCCUUUCAGUGCACUUACAUUACAGCAAGGGAUGCAUGUUGACAUAAGGUCUGGAUCCUAGUGAGAAACCAGGGUCUACCGAAGGAGAGGCCGAUUCAGAUUUCUACUUUUUUUUUUACUUACGUCACUCAUAUAUAUACCACCUAUAUAUACCCCUUGUAUGCCAUGCCAUGCCACACAGGAUGAGUUGACGACUCAUUGCAAGUUUAUGUAUUUGUAGAUUCU